UGGCAAUCCAUGCCUCGUUUCCUUCACUAUUACACUCCUCAACACCACACAAAUACACAAUCUCUCUUUCUUCCUCUCUUCACUUUCCUGUCCUUAUUACUAAAUAUAUAUUCUGAACAACAGAAUUCAGAAAAACAAUCAUCAUGUUAUUCCCAGUAGUUCUUUUCAGAGUAGUAGAAUGGCUAGUUUAUCAACUCUUAGGCAAUUCUUGCUUCAGAGCUGCAAGAAAAAUGAGAAAUUAUGGUUUCCAUCUCAUAAAAAACCCAUCUUUUAAAUCAAUAAACCAUCAAGAACAACAUCAACAACACCAAAUAAUUCCUCCAUUAUCAUACCCAAAUUUAUCAAAAAACCUAAGUUUAAUAAUGGACCGUCAUUUCAACACCAUGGUUUGUGACUUUAAUGGUACUUUAUUAAGGUCCAAAUCUUUCUUCCCUUUUUUCAUGUUAGUUGCUUUUGAAGGUGGUAGUUUAAUAAGGGCAUUUUUUUUGCUCUUAUGUUACCCUUUCUUGUGGGUUUUAGACUAUGAUAUUCAACUUAGGGUUAUGAUUUUUAUAACAUUUUGUGGGCUUAAGUUGAAAGAUAUGAGUUGUGUUGAAAGGACUGUUUUACCCAAGUUUUACCUUGAAGAGAUAAAUUUUCAUGUUUAUCAAGCUAUGUGUAGGGCAAAAUCUAAGGCUGUUUUCACAAGUGUGCCAAGGGUAAUGGUUGAAGGUUUUUUAAAGGAGUAUUUGAAGGUUGAUCAAGUUGUUGGAACUGAGUUGCAAACGUUAGGAAAUUACUAUACUGGCCUUUUAUCUUCUUCUGGCUUGCUUGUUAAGUAUAGGUCAAUUAAGGAAUAUUUUGCAGAUGAAAGACCAGAUUUUUGCAUUGGAAAUUCAACUUACUUUGAUCAGUUCUUCAUGUCUUUCUGCAAGGAGGCAUAUGUUGUAGACCUGCAAGAAGAUGACAAAACCUGCAAUGUGGCCGCAACAUCAAAAAUAAUGCCAAGGGACAACUAUCCAAAGCCCUUAAUAUUCCAUGAUGGCAGAUUAGCUUUCCUCCCAACUCCAUCAGCAACCUUUUGCAUGUUUUUGUGGCUUCCUUUUGGCAUACUCCUUGCUAUAUUUAGGCUUUUUGUGGGCAUUUACUUACCAUUUAAGCUCUCCAUUUUAUUAGGUCAAUCUAGUGGUAUAAGAUUAAGAAUCAAAGGAAGUAGAAGUACCCUUAAUAUACCAUGCCCUAAUAAUGUAAUGUCACCUAGACGUCAAAAAGGGGUCUUGUAUGUGUGCACCCAUAGGACCCUCUUAGACCCGGUUAUGUUAGGGGUAUGCCUUAGAAAACCUUUAACCGCGGUCACGUAUAGCCUAAGCAAAACAUCCGAGAUCAUCGCACCGAUCAAGACAGUCCGGCUAACACGAGACCGGAAAAUCGACGGCGAGACAAUGGAGAAACUCUUAGGCGAGGGAGACCUAGUAGUUUGUCCUGAAGGAACUACAUGUAGGGAGCCUUACUUGUUAAGGUUUAGCUCAUUGUUUGCGGAGUUAGCUGAUGAAAUAGUGCCUGUUGCAUUAGACACAAAGGUGACCAUGUUUUAUGGGACAACAGCAAGUGGGCUAAAGUGUUUAGACCCUAUAUUCUUUUUAAUGAACCCUAGGCCUAUUUAUUAUCUUCAUGUGCUAGAGAAAGUGCCUAAGGAAAUGACCUGUGCUGGUGGAAGAUCAUGUUUUGAAGUGGCUAACCAUUUACAAAGACAACUGGCUCAUGCGUUGGGGUUCGAGUGUACUGCACUUACUCGGAAAGACAAGUACUUAAUGUUGGCAGGGAAUGAAGGACGGGUCGGUCCAUGAUAUAAUACUAGCUAAUUAAUUACUAUAUAGGACUUCUAAUUUAUCUUAAUUUUCUUGUCUUUUGUUUCAGAGGUUAUUCGUCAACUUUUAUGUAGUUUUGGACGAGAUGUAGGAUAUAGAAAAAUUGCAAUAUAGGAGUAAGUUAAUUAUAAUAUAUAUAUAUAUGUAGCGGUAGAUUAUUUAUGCAUAAUGGUUAAUUUUUUGGCUAUAGUUCAAUGUAACAGACGGAUAUGCAUUAAUAUAUUCUAUCUAGUAGGUGAGAAUUCAGUAUUUUGAUUA